CCGCAUCGCCCCGCGCCCGCGCCCCGUCCCCAGGAAAUUAAAGAGUUCGAGGAAAGCUUUCCAAGGGGAGUUUUCUGGGAAGGAAAUAGUUUCUUGUGUGUUUGGUUUUUGUUUUGUUUUUUUUCUUUUUUAAUGAAGAAGACCACCUAACUUCUCUGUGGUAGAGUAACUUGCCUUCCUGCAGCACGGGAGGAAUCCUUUCCCGCAUUUACAAACCUGGAGGAAGCUUUAAAAAUACAAAAGUCGGAAAACGGUUCUCCCAAAGAGGAGUGGAUGUAUUGGGAUGUAGCUACUGUACAAAGGUCACACUUGGAUGGUUGUGGAUAGGAAAAAGGACCCUUCCCUGCCCUCCUGAAGAGGCUGCCACCCUUCCAGCCUCAGCAUAAUGAAUGGUUUCCAUCACGGGGUGCUGAAGUUGCCUCCUCCGACUGCUCGGCUGCACAGAAGAGUUUGUGAGAGUUACAAAGGAAGUAACUCCUGCUAAAGGCAUUAAACCAAACAAAAGGGGCUCUCCAUUCACAGACUUCACACGAGGACACACAUAGUGGGAAGCUGAAGCUUUUCUACGCCCUGGCCUGGUGUGCUUAUGUACCAUGAUAAAUCUUGGUUGGAAUGCUCAUUGAGCGCCGUGCCAGGAGCCAGGGAACACACACCACCAACAGGGACCAUCUGAGUAAACACCUCCAAGGACAGAACUGCUCCAUGGAGUAAACCCUGAGAGUGACUGGAGAGACAGACAUUCCUUUAUUGGAUAACCUCAAGCACAAAACUUACUCGUACCUUUAAAUACGAUUUGUUGAAGAUCAGAACUGUAUACAAAUCUCAUCAUUCCUGACCAUGAUUAGUGUAACCUGGAGCAUCUUCCUAGUUUGGACUAAAAUAGGGCUGUUACUUGACAUGGCACCUUGUUCUGUUAGUGCCAAGCCAUGCCCUUCAGUUUGUCGCUGUGAUGUGGGUUUCAUAUAUUGUAAUGAUCGCGAUUUGACGUCUAUUCCUACAGGAAUCCCAGAGGAUGCAACCACCCUCUUCCUUCAGAACAAUCAAAUAAAUAAUGCUGGGAUUCCUUCAGAACUGAAGAACUUGCUUAGGGUGGAAAGAAUAUAUUUAUACCACAACAGCCUAGAUGAAUUCCCCACUAACCUCCCUAAGUAUGUUAAGGAACUGCAUUUGCAGGAGAACAAUAUAAGGACCAUUACUUAUGAUUCACUUUCCAAAAUUCCUUAUCUGGAAGAACUGCAUUUGGAUGAUAAUUCCGUUUCCGCCGUUAGCAUCGAGGAUGGAGCUUUCCGGGACAACAUCUAUCUCAGGCUCCUUUUCCUCUCCCGAAAUCACCUCAGCACCAUCCCCUGGGGUUUGCCUAAAACCAUAGAAGAGCUGCGCUUGGACGAUAAUCGCAUUUCCACCAUUUCUGAGCUGUCCCUCCAAGACCUUACAAACCUAAAACGCCUUGUUUUAGACGGAAAUCUCCUGAACAACCACGGACUGGGAGAUAAAGUCUUUGUCAAUCUGGUCAAUCUCACAGAGCUGUCGCUGGUCCGCAACUCCCUCACAGCGGCGCCGGUCAAUUUGCCGGGAACGAACCUGAGGAAGCUUUACCUCCAAGAGAACCACAUCAACCGCGUGCCACCCAACGCUUUCUCGUACCUGCGGCAGCUGUACCGACUGGACAUGUCCAACAACAACCUCAGCAAUUUACCUCAGGGCGUCUUCGACGACCUGGACAACAUCACCCAGCUCUUCCUGCGCAACAACCCCUGGCACUGCGGGUGCAAGAUGAAGUGGGUGCGGGACUGGUUGCAGUCGCUGCCCCUGAAAGUGAACGUGCGCGGGCUGAUGUGCCAGGCGCCCGAGAAAGUGCGCGGGAUGGCCAUCAAGGACCUGAGCGCGGAGCUGUUUGACUGUAAGGACGACGGCGCCAUCAGCACCAUCCCGAUCACCACCACGGUCCCCAACACGCUGUACCCGGCCCAGGGCCACUGGCCGGUGUCCGUGACCAAACAACCCGACGUCAAGACUCCCAACCUGAACAAAAACUACAGAACCACGGCGAGCCCGGUACGCAAAAUCAUCACCAUCUUUGUGAAAUCCGUCAGCACGGAGACCAUCCACAUCUCCUGGAAAGUUGCACUGCCGAUGACGGCUCUGAGACUGAGCUGGCUCAAGAUGGGCCACAGCCCCGCCUUUGGAUCUAUAACUGAGACCAUAGUCACGGGCGACAGGAGCGACUACUUGCUGACGGCCCUGGAGCCGGAAUCGCCGUACCGUGUGUGCAUGGUUCCCAUGGAAACCAGCAACAUCUAUCUCUCCGACGAGACGCCCGAGUGCAUCGAGACCGAGACGGCCCCCCUCAAGAUGUACAACCCCACCACCACCCUCAACCGGGAGCAGGAGAAGGAACCCUACAAAAACUCCAGCCUGCCCCUGGCCGCCAUCAUCGGCGGCGCGGUGGCGCUGGUGGCCAUCGCGCUGCUGGCCCUGGUGUGCUGGUACGUGCACAGGAACGGCUCCCUGUUCUCCCGGAACUGCGCCUACAGCAAGGGACGCCGGAGAAAGGACGACUACGCCGAAGCGGGGACCAAGAAGGACAACUCCAUCCUGGAAAUCAGGGAGACGUCCUUCCAGAUGAUACCCAUCACCAACGACCAGGUGUCGAAGGAGGAGUUUGUAAUACACACCAUUUUCCCGCCCAACGGCAUGAACCUGUACAAGAACAGCCACAGUGAAAGCAGUAGUAACAGGAGCUACAGAGACAGUGGUAUUCCAGAUUCAGAUCAUUCACACUCAUGAUACUGAGAGGGACACGAAAGACUGCUUGGGGUUUUGUUGGUUUUUUUGGGUUUGUUUUGGUUUUUUAAAAGAAAAACGAGAAAAGACUGACUUAACAGUUGCUGUUCUACUGCAAAACACUGGAUUAAAAGACUGACAAAGCAAUGUACUGUACAUUUGCCAUAUAAUUUAUAUUUAAGAACUUUUUAUUAAAAGUUUCAAAUUUCAGGCUACUGCUGCGAUUAAUGUAGUGGGGAUACCUGACCACAAUUCUAUAUUUUAGUAUUUUUUAGUAAUUUGUACUGUAUUUUCCUUGCUAAUAUUGAAGUUACAGACCAUUUAACUUUUGUGUUCUACUGAGUAAGAUGACUUGUUGACUGUGAAAGUGAAUUUUCUUGCCGUGUUGAGCAGUCAGAACAUUCAUCUGAGAUCCUUGUAAGUGUAAGCACAGGCCAUUUUUCACUUUGGUAUCAAUAAAAUAAUGUUGAACCUGGGCAAAUCAGGAAGAUCAAGAAGUGGUUGCAAAAACUCACCGGACUUUCCAUGUUGGGUCUAUUAAAUCUGUAAACCACGACAAUAUUCAAUAAACAAAAAUGUGUGUAGUAAUGGGCAAUAUCAGCUGUCUGGAUAUAUAUCCAUUCAAAAAUGGUGAAAUCCAAUUUAAAAGCAAAAAUCCAGGCGAUGACAUGCGUGAGACUGAAGCGUUUGACACGUGUUAAGAAAAUAAAAAAUAACUGAUCCCUAGAAGAAAACAGUGGAAUUCCUAACAAGGAAUUU